AUGAAAUUCACAGAUUCACCUGUAAUCGAGCUGCCGGUGCUUGACACGCGCCUCUCCAUUCAGCAAGAUAACGGCUCGAUGCACGUUGGCACCUCCGUCUGGCCCUGCUCCUUGGUCCUAGUCAAGUUCGCCGAACGCUGGCACCCACAAACAUUCGCCGCAAGUGAUACGGACCCCACCAACCCUUAUGCCGACCUCCUAACCUUCACCAACAAGCGCGCCGUGGAGCUUGGAGCCGGCUGCGGAGUAGCCGCCAUGGGAUUCUACCUGCUGGGUCUGCACGACGUCGUAAUUACAGACAUUGCGCCUGUGAUGCCAGCCCUAAAGCACAAUUUGAAGAGGAACAAGCCUGUUUUGAAGAAGACCCUAAAGACUGCCCAGUUGUAUUGGGCAAAAGAGGAGCAGAUUCAGGCAUUAGGCCCUCCUUUUGAUUUUGUAAUUGCGACGGACGUGGUUUAUUUGGAGGAGACGGUGGCGCCGUUAAUUAGGGCAAUGGAAAGUUUAGUGUCAGAUAGCGGUGUCGUUUUAUUGGGUUACCAGCUGAGGUCGCCGGAGGCUCAUAAAUUGUUCUGGGAAAUGUGCGGGACCGUUUUCGAGGUGGAGAAGAUCCCACACGAGCAUUUGCACACGGACUACGCAUACGAGGAGACUGAUGUUUAUGUUUUCAGGAAGAAAAAGCAAGAUGUUUAA